AUGCUAAAAAGAGGAACAGGCAACCGGAGGCCCGAAGGCCCAGACAUCUCCCUCUACAACGCAAACGAGGAGUUACUGUCUCCAAUCCAGUCCCUCCCACCAAAGUACUGGAUCGCUCCAUAUGAUCUCGAGGAUAGUGAUGUAUUCCCCUUGCCCACACCCAGCUUCAAUGAUUUCAAGCCAGAUCCUUAUUUUGUUUACAUCAGGACAGACCUGAGCAACUACUGUUACCGGUUGGUUAAUAUGGAAGGCAAGUUGGUUCCCGAGGAGAAGUGUCGCUUCAACCCAGACACCUGUCGACAGUUAGAAUUUGAUCGCGCAGUGGUUGAGUCCUUCCGCGACUACCUGACCCGGCUAAACCCUCAAUACAUACCUAAUCGGUAUUCGCCCACAAUACUGGAAGUAAUCAGGAUCUGCGGAAAUAUGGUCUGGGAAAACUUGAAGAUGUUUGAGGUAAAGGGGUCGCUUGAUUCCCAUUCCAACUAUACGCGACGGAUGGAUGGUCGGUCGUGA